GCACAGGUUCCCCUUCUCUCUUAGCCAAAUAGUCCCAAAUAUUGAUGGAUUACACAUUUUAGCUUUAUGCCAGGGGUCCCUUAGAGUUUGUGUUACGCUGUCGCGCCUUGGCACAUUUACUUAUCAGUGACACCCAAAUCCGAUUUACAGGUUGGACUCCCUAAACAUUUGAAAGUAUGCAAAUGGAGGAAUAACCACUAGUCCGCUAACGAUACACGGGGCUUCUUUAAAAGGUUGUCGGUUGGAGCGACGACGGGAUGGACGGCGCGAGCCCCCGACUCAGCCAUGCACUAUUAAGCUUGCAUCAUGCACAAAGUAUGUCGCCUAUGGCGUCGCCAAGGAUAGGCAUGUCACCGCGAACCCAGGCAAAGACGAUGGAGAAGCCGCUGGAUUUGGUCCAACAGCACAUGCAACGCUUUGAGGAGUGCCUUCAAGAGCCUGACCUUCCCAGUGUUCAUGCUACAAGGCAAAAGAAUGCAAGGAACGCGGGCGAAGCCUACAGUCCUAUGUCGAAGGGCUCAACGGACGCCCAUGCCAAUCAGGCCUUCACGCCCGGCUCAACCGAGCGGCGAUCAGGCGCGGUGGAGGGCGCCUCCCCCCACGGCGCCCUGCCGCCCCCCGUGCGCCCCGAGCUGCUGGAGGCUCGGGCCUGCAAGUCGCUGACACUUGGGGAAUACAUGGCGAAGCUGGAUCGUGCCUUCCGCCGCGCCAAAGCCGCCAGCAGCACCCCACACAACAACCGCAACAACUCCUCCGACCCCCUCAGCGUGGACAGUGGCGCCGGCGGCGGCGGCGAGCGCAAGCUGAACCGCCCCAACGCGCCCGCCUUCACCAGUGACAUUGCGGAGCUGCGGGGCAGCAGACGGCUGCGGCAGUACAUUCGGCGCCGGAAGCGGAAGGGCGUGACACCGCUGGACCUCCUCACCGACAUUGCGGAGGGCCAGGAGCUGCUGCGGCGCUACCAAGAGCACCAGCAGCACAGCCGCCUGGCAGCAGCGGGCAGCGUUGAGGCCGAUGAAGAGCUGCUAGACCACUCAGUGGACAGCAGCAUCAUCCUGGCAGCAGCAGCCUCAGCAGCCGCUGCGGCGGCGGCGGCAGCCGUCAACGCCGUGGUCGACUCCGCAGCCGUUGCCGCCGCCGCUCCCGGCGGCUCGUCAGCGGCUUCCGCGACCGCUAAUAAUCCCUUGCAGGGCACUACUGCGAGCCUGUUGUCGGGCUUUGGGUUUCCGGAGAAUCUGCUGACUACGGGGUUUGAGCCCGCAUUGCCCACGCCGAGUGGCAGCGCCUCUGCCUCCGAGGCGGGGGAUGGAGGGCAGCAGCAGCCGCGCUAUCGAGCGCUUCCGUACACGCCACGGCUGGGGCCCCUGUCAGCGCUGCGCACAGCUGACAUGAAAGCUGCGGAGUUCAGGAAGACUGAGAGGUUGAUAAAGGCGCGCCGGAAAGCCAAGGAGCAACAGCAACAACAGCAGCAGCAGCAGCUGAUGAUGAUGGAUGACGGCAGCAUCGUCAGCAGGCCAUGCACGCCUAUUUCGGAGCAGCAGCAGCAGCAGCAGCCAAACCUCAAGACAGAUGCAAAUAGCAGUAAUGGCCAUAACACCAAUCCAGCGGCAGCAGGAGCAGCAACAGCAACAGCAGCAGGUGCUAAGCGGGUUUUGCAGUGGCCAGUGGGGCCCGGUGGCAGCAGCAGCAGCGUCGGCAGCACCCGCAGCCUCCGCGGGGCCACUGCAAGCGGCGCCACCGCCACCGCCGCCGCCAGCCUCGCCAACGGCGCCGGCGCCGGCAGCAGCAGCCGCAACCUCGCAUCACAGGCCGCAGGCGGCUGGCGGCGAGACGCCUCCGCCGCCUCUAGCAGCCCCACACGGCCCUCCUGGACUCGGUCACGGUCUUGGACCACCACCGCCGCCGCUGACCCCUCUGUCACCUCCGUCACCUCCGCCGCCGCCGCCGCCGCCGCUGCUGGCGGAGGCGACAGCGCCAACUCCACCCCUCGUACGGAGAUAACCCACUCCCACCCGCUCUACACCACCAGCAGCAGAUCCCUGGCGGCGAUUCCAGAGCGCAUGUCGCCACAGCGCUUCCGAACAACCGCCGCCGCCGCCGCUGCUGCCGCUGCGUCGGCGUCAGCGUCGGUGAAGUUCCCCGCGGAGGAGGUGCUGACUGCUCAGGGCAGUCUGGGCAGCGGCCGCUCGCCCCGGACGGCCUCCCCCGCGCAGCAACCGGGGCUUCGGCGGCGGGCGACGAUUGCGGAUGCGGUUGUGGGUUUGCCCGCCGUUCGUCGGCAGCAACAGCAAAUGGGAUGCGCUGCCGUCGGCGGCGGCAACCGCGGUGAGGGCGAUUACGCGGCGUCAGUGGCGGCGUCUGACGUGUCAUCCAUUCGGUCGAGCAGGUCGGGACGGUCGCUCGUGGCGGACUGGGCGGCGGCGGCGGUGGCGGCGGCGAACGCCGCCGCCGCGGCGGAGGACCCUGACUUUGUGGAUCGCUCGCCGUUGGUCGACGUGUCCGCCAGCGGGGAUGCAGCGGACGUCGCCCUGAUGAGGAGCAGGUACAGCCCGAGCCCUGCGCCGUCGUCAUCGUCCGCCGUCUUCCACCUUGCGUCAAGCAGGAGCUCCCCGAGGGUUGCCGUACAAACGGCGGCGGCGGCACAUGCCGCCGGAGGCGAUGACUCAGCCUCCGCUCCGCUGGUGCCCACGACACCGGUGCUGGGACAUGGUGCCAACAACACCACCUCAGCCGCGUUGCUACCGCCGCCGCCGCCUGGCUCAAUGCCCCGCAGCAGCAGCACUACGGCGUCUCCGCUGAUGCUCCUUACAGAGGCCGAGCUGGCGGCAGCACGUGCCCGGGCGCCCGUGUUACCGCCGAACGCAACAGCUGUUUCGUCCUCGCCGGCGUUGUUCCCAGCAGCAGCAGCAGCAGCAGCAGUGGCCUUCCGGGAGAAGAAGUCAGGACAGGACAAUUUUGGUAUCGAGGCAGACCCCGCCUCUGUUCCCUUCUCUCCUCCACUGGACGGCUCGUCUUUCCCAUCGCCGUCCCCGUCUCCUAGAGCAACCGCCAGCCUGCCGCCCCGGCCCCCGGCGUCACCGCGGGCCGCGGGCGACGGCGGUCCGCAGGCAGGACAAAAUGCAGGCCUGGGUCGGCCGCCUCGCCGUAACAUGUACGGCAGCGGCUACGGCAGCAGCAAUUCGUACAGCGGUGGUAGCAUCAGCAGUAGCGCUAGCAGUAGCUCCCUUGUCAGCAUCCAAGCCAGCGGCAAUAGCAGCAGCAGCGGCUGUAGCGUCGUCACGAGCAAUAGCAGCUGCGGAAGCAUUAGUGCUUGCAACAGCAUUAGCGGAGGCAGCAGCAGUAGCAGCUUGUACAGCAGCGGCUGUAGCAGCGGCCGUAGUGCUGUUAGCAGCAGCAACAGCCUCGUCAGCAGCAACAGCACUUACAGCGGCAUCGGUCGUCGGAUUAAGGUUUCAGAGCCGCCUUCCGAAGCCCCUGCCGCUAAACCCGGCGCAGGCCUAGCUGACCUGGCUGCUGCUACCGCCGCUGCGAUGACGGCGACACCGCCACCCAUUGGCCAUCCGAGUCCCCUUCGCCGUGCGAUCAGUGAGAGGCUAAGAAUGGCUGCAAACGCGGCUGCUGUGAAGAACGCAAAGCAGCAGCAACAGCAGCAGCUCCAACAGCAGGGACAAGGAGGAUUGCAGCCGCAAGAAACGCUGCUACAACGGCAGCACCGGCACAUCCUCUCAUUGCAGCCUGCCCUGUCAUCACUGUCACUGGCUUCCCCGGACGCCUCCACUGCAGCAGCAUCCGGGCCGUACGGCGGUGGAGAUGCUCGUGUGGAUGUCGUAAUUGUACGGGGACGUAGCGGAGGCGGUUCGUACAGCGGCAGCUGCAACAACAGCGGUACGGGCACGGUUGGGGCAGCUGAGAAGGCUCGCCUGAUUAGGAGGCGGACAGCUGGGGAUGUGCUGGUUGGGGCGCGAAAGGCAUCGGCAGCGGUGGUGGGGGAUGCGGAUUUGAUUGGCUUUGACGGAAGCGAGGGGCCUUUUGUGCUUGGGCGGACAGCGGGAAGAGCAGCGGUGGGGUUGGUGCCUGCUGAGAACCGCGUGACUAGCGUAUGGGAAUACUGAGGAGGAAGAAGAACGAGUGGUAUCAAUCGCGAAGUCCGGCAUGUUGAGUAGUAGGUGGGUGUGCGCCGGGUUUGAGUGCUGGGGCAACGUGUGUGUGUGGGCGCAUGUGUUGGCUGUGUACUGGUAUGCAUGGGGAACUUGAGGGUUUGUGUUGCUGGACAUACCGCCGUACACUUGCACGUACUUUAGCAUGCGUACCCUGGGCGUACGCCAUAUAUAAAACGACGGUGUAUAUACGAACACGAGGACAUGCAAGUGCACCCAUUAGUACUAAUAUGUACUAUAUAGCCCUUGGCGCUGAGGUGUGGGAGUAAGGUAUAAUGGUGGCUUCUCCUUAUAACAUGAUGUGACACGUUCCAGUCACUGCGCAAGUGUUGACGAUUGCUGCCUACACGCUGGGUAAUGUCGGGCUGACGUGAACGGGCGCUAGUGCUAACAUCAAGGUCAGCCAGAUGGCUGUGUUUUGUAGCAUAUCCAGAUUAUCCACAUGUGCUUGCAAGAUCAUGUAAUGAUAGCAGAUCAGUGCAG